AUGCAGAUUCCCCGCUUGUUCUUCUUCUGUUUCAUUGGCCUCUCUCUUGUUUAUGUUGUUUCUUCUGAGACAUUUCUGGGAUAUGAGCAAGAGAUCUUGUUGGCAAUCAAAUCCGACAUCAUUGAUCCUUCUAACCAUCUCCAAGAUUGGAAGAAACCAGAGAAUGUGACAGAGUUUGACGGCUCGGCUCAUUGUAAAUGGACCGGUGUUCACUGCAGCUCAAAGGGUUUCGUGGAGAAGCUUCUUCUCCGGCAGAUGAAUCUCACGGGAAACGUGUCGGAUCGGAUUCAGAGCUUCCGGUUUCUGCAGGCCAUUGAUCUCAGCGACAACGGGUUCGAAUGCUCUCUCCCCAAGUCUCUUGCCAAUCUCACUUCCUUGAAGAUCUUUGACUUGAGUCUGAACAGCUUCUACGGAAGCUUCCCUUCUGGUCUUGGAAUGGCCACUGGUCUCACUUACGUCAAUGCUUCAAGCAACAAUUUUUCUGGGUUUCUUCCAGAGGAUCUGGGGAAUGCUUCGAUGCUUGAGGUUUUGGAUUUCCGAGGAGGUUAUUUCGAGGGAUCCAUGCCUUCGACGUACAAGAAUCUCAAGAAUCUUAAGUUUCUCGGCCUCUCGGGUAACAAUUUGGCUGGGAAGUUUCCGAGGGAGAUCGGUGAGCUUUCUUCAUUAGAAACAGUCAUUCUUGGUUACAACGGCUUCAAGGGCGAGAUUCCGGAAGAGUUUGGGAACCUUACAAAUCUUCAGUACCUCGAUUUCGCGGUUGGAAACCUCACGGGUCAGAUCCCAUCUUCCUUGGGGAGGCUCAAGCAGCUCACAGCAGUUUAUCUCUACCAGAACUUGCUCACAGGGAAGAUCCCUCAAGAACUCGGUAACAUUACUUCUCUCAAGUUUCUUGAUCUUUCCGAUAACCAGAUUUCUGGAGAGAUACCGAUGGAAUUAGCAGAGCUGAAGAAUCUGCAGCUUCUGAAUCUGAUGAGGAAUCAACUCACUGGAACGAUUCCUUCCGGUAUCAGUGAAUUGCCCAAUCUCCAAGUUCUUGAGCUGUGGAAAAAUUCUUUCACAGGUUCUUUGCCAAUUAAUCUUGGAAAGAGUUCGCCAUUACAAUGGCUAGAUGUUUCGUCGAACAACCUAUCAGGCGAAAUCCCGCCCGGACUGUGUGAUUCAGGAAACCUCACAAAGCUCAUUCUCUUCAACAACCUGUUCUCAGGUACAAUUCCAGAAGGAAUCUUAUCAUGCAAGUCAUUAGUUCGUGUUCGUAUCCAAAAUAAUAUGAUUUCUGGCACCAUACCCGUCGGUCUAGGCAGAUUGCCGAAGCUUCAACAUCUGGAACUUGCAAAAAACGAUCUCGCCGGUCAGAUUCCUGAUGAUAUAGCUUUAUCUACAUCGCUCUCAUUCAUAGAUGUAUCGUUUAACCGUCUCUCAUCGUCCCUUCCUUCAGCCAUUUUCUCAAGUCCUAAUAUCCAAACCUUCAUUGCCUCACAUAACAACCUCAAUGGGAAAAUCCCUAACCAAUUUCAGAAUUGUCCAUCUUUGUCCGUCCUCGAUCUUUCUUCCAACCGAUUCUCGAGUGAAAUGCCAGAAAGCAUUGCCUCCUGUGAAAAGCUUGUGAGUAUCAAUCUCAGAAACAACCAGUUGAAGGGAGAAAUCCCCAAAGCUUUAGCCAUGAUGCACAUGUUAGCAGUUCUUGAUCUUUCAAACAACUCUUUGACGGGCAAAAUACCCGAAAGCUUGGGAACUUCUCCAGUGCUAGAGAAUCUGAAUGUGUCAUUCAACAAACUCGGAGGUCCGGUUCCUUCAAACGCACUGUUUGCAGCCAUAAAUCCGAACGAUCUCACGGGAAAUUCUGGGUUAUGUGGUGGAAUUCUACCUCCUUGCUCUAAAAGCCUGGCUUUGUCUGCAACCAAGAGAAAUCCCGGGAAAAUGCAUAUGAGCCAUGGGAUCUUCGGGUUCAUGUUCGGGACAGCGGUCAUACUGUCACUAGGGAUCAUGUUUUUUGCAGGGAGAUGGGUAUACAGGAGGUGGGAUCUGUACAGAAACGUUCUCAGAGAGUUCCUGUUCCUCAAGAAUCCACGAGAAGAGUGGCCAUGGCGGCUGGUGGCUUUCCAGAGAGUGAAUUUCACAGCAGGAGACAUCUUAUCACACAUCAAAGAGUCAAACAUCAUCGGAAUGGGAGCAACAGGGAUCGUUUACAAAGCAGAAGUCAUGAGACGACCACUGAUCACAGUUGCUGUGAAGAAACUCUGGAAAUCGACACAGAUUGACGUUGAAGAUCAUCAAGACGAAGAAGAAGACAUCCUCAAAGAAGUGAACCUCCUCGGUAGCCUCCGACAUAGAAACAUCGUGAGGCUUCUCGGUUACAUACACAACGAAAGAGAAGUCAUGAUGGUUUACGAAUUCAUGCCGAAUGGAAAUUUGGGCAAUGCAUUGCAUUCAAAUGACCAGAAUCUCUUACUUGUGGACUGGGUCUCGAGAUAUAACGUCGUUGUCGGUGUUGCUCAAGGGCUCAAUUACUUGCACAACGAUUGCUACCCUCCGAUCAUUCACAGAGACAUCAAAUCCAACAACAUUCUUCUCGAUUCAAACCUCGAAGCGAGGAUUGCGGAUUUCGGGUUGGCGAAAUUGAUGCUUCACAAGAACGAGACGGUCUCCAUGGUCGCCGGUUCUUACGGGUACAUAGCGCCGGAGUACGGAUACACAAUGAAAAUCGAUGAGAAGAUCGACAUAUACAGCUUCGGCGUCGUUCUUCUCGAAUUGGUGACCGGAAAAUCGCCGCUAGACCCUUCAUUCGGCGAAUCGAUUGACAUCGUGGAAUGGGUACGGCGAGAGAUGAAGAACAGCAACGAAGGAUUGGGAAAAGUUCUGGAUCCAAGCGUCGCCGGAGACUGCAAACACGUGAUCGAGGAGAUGCUUCUGGUCCUGAGAAUCGCUAUUCUCUGCACUGCGAAGCUCCCGAGGGAUCGACCCUCGAUCAGAGACAUCAUCACCAUGCUCGGAGAAGCGAAACCUCGCCGGAAAAGUGUUUGCCAGGAAAGAGAAAUGAUCGGCGGCAACAGAGGUCGGCCGAUUUUCAGUAACUCGCCGGUGAUAGGGCUGAUCUAGAAGAAGACGGGGGAGGAGUGAGACGAUGACGGUGACGGAGAAGGAAGGGUGGUUUGGUAACUUCAACAAAAUAUAAGGGUAAUUUUGUAAUUGGGCAUA